AUGGCAAUAAUAGAAGAUCAAGAUAGGAAAAAUCUUACGUUAUCUCAGCGCUUUAGGCUAGCUAUAAAUGAUUUCUAUCAUGACUUUAAGGCAGACAUUAGACCCAGUGAGAGGCAAGAUUCAAUAAAAUUUCAAUCUAAACUUUUGCAUUUGAUAAAAGAGUUUCAAUUGAUUAAACUAAUCAGUGAAAAUUUGCAUCUUUUUAGUGAUAAUGAAUCUAUUGAUGAAAUAAGCACCAGUUAUAUUCAAUUUCUAAAUGUUGAUUUUUACUUGGGAUCACUCUACCUUUUAUCUUUAUCUGAUCCUAAAUCAGGGUCUUUGGAAGACCCUAUAGAUAUUCUCGAAUAUAAGGAGGCAAACCUAAAUAUGGCGAAGAGGUAUUUUGUGAAUUUUUUGGUGCUUUUGGAUGGAUAUGAGAUAUUAUCCAAGCAACAAUCCGCAAGAAUCAAAUCAUUUAAAGAAACUUACAAUCCAACAUUUGAUGAGAUAUUACUUUUUGAUAAUAAUCCAGCCAGAAAAAGAGCUCAAAAGAUUGCAAAUCAUAGGGAGGAGAAGGAACUCGGUUCUAAGGUUAAAAUGCUAGACAAAUACUACGACCAGGGAGAGGACGAUGCUAACGAUUCUUUUGAACGCUUUGAUAGAGAGACCAUUCGAGAAGUAUUUCUUGACCAGGUCAAGCUUUUUAGUAUGAAGGCAUUUGAGUGCCUUGAAAACUUAGUAAUGGAACUUGACGUUCUUUCAAGAAGACCAAACAACCAUACGCCUUCUGAGAAUAAUAAACUUAAGGGAGAGAAACCGACAGACAGAGAUGACUCAGGAUACACAACGAGGUUGGAAUCGUUGCCUUUUCAGAAAAAAGGUAUUUCAGAUCUUAUUUCUAAGCAAGGAAAAAUACUCAAACCUUUUACAAUCACCCUGGAUAGGCAGCAGUUGAAGGACAAGGUGUUCGGUACAGGUCAGAUACUACCAUCCAUGACUGUUGACGAGUACUUAGAUUAUGAAUUGGCUAAUGGUAAAAUGGCGUCAGAGCCAAUCGAGAGUAAAAUCAAUGAAGAAAGUGACUACGAAGAUAGCGAGGAAGAACGGGAGCAAAGAAGAUGGGAUGAUUGGAAAGACGACAAUCCCAAGGGAAGUGGUAAUAUGAAGGCAAAUAUUGGUUAA